GCAGGAAGUGCCCCACUGUGCAGGCAAGAGUGCGAAGAGGAGGCGAAAAGUAAACAUGCGACAAACAAUCUUUGAUACAGAUGAUAUAAUCAGUCGGUACUGCAUUUGACUAAUUAAGAGAUGGUCUGUUUUCCCCGGUAUCUUUUUUAAAACACAAAUCCCAGGCGAGAGGGUUUCAAAGUAGUUCAACUCUCCCGUUCAGGAUUGUAGUUUUACAGGAGCAUGUUUCACCAACAUUACCCGUUCAAAGCAUUCGUCAGCAGACUAAUUGUUCUCCGCUUGCAGUUGAAUAAACCACUUGUUACAAUGUCAGUGCCGAACCUCUCAGAAGAAAGCCCGGAGCGCAUAAAAGGCAGAAGUCAGAUACAGAUCAGUGCAGGCAGGAGAGAAGUGGACUUCAAUGAAAACGACCCGGAUGGAAGAAAGUUCACAGAGGAAGAGCUGGCCAUCCAUAGAGCCCACACGGAGGCAUGCCAGGCAAAGAGGCAGAUGUAUGUCGACCCUUCCAGUGGGUACAAGGUGUUCACAGAAUAUGCCCACCUUCAGAGAGGGAAAUGUUGUGGCAGCGCAUGCAGACACUGUCCAUAUGGCCAAGUCAACGUGAAGGACCCUGCAAUGAGGAAAGAAUGUAAUUCUCUAUUUUAUGUAUAGCCUGACGAAGGUAAAGCGCCUGUUCAGAAUGGAUCCCAGAACACGUCGCUUGUCUUCUGCCUGUCGUUGUUUGGACUACUUGGGAGUCAUUUUUAGCAGUGUACCAAAUGAUGAAAUAUGGGUAGUGUCUGUGCAAUAUCUACCUCCUGUGAAUCACAACUACUCUCAGCAUUAUUUUUAUUCUCACAAGACAGGAGAUGAGGAGGAAGGAUUUGUUCACUCAAACCUUGUGUAAAAUAGUAUAUGUUAUGCAUAUGUUUCUGAUAUUUUUCUCAAAUGUCCAAUAAAAUGCCUUGAGCUUAA